AUGGCACGUCAAGCAACAGCUGCUGUAAUGGUUAAUAUGGAUGAUACUGCUGUUUUUGUAACAGUUGUAGCACAAAAGAAAGUUAAAGAAGGUCAAGAUUUUUUCCCUUUAACUGUUAACUAUCAAGAACGUACUUAUGCUGCUGGUCGUAUUCCUGGCGGAUUUUUUAAACGUGAAGGUCGUCCAAGCGAAGGCGAAACAUUAAUUGCACGUUUAAUUGACCGUCCACUUCGUCCACUAUUCCCUGAAGGAUUUGUUAACGAAAUCCAAAUUAUCGCAACUGUUGUAUCAGUUAAUCCACAAGUGAGCCCUGAUCUUGUUGCUAUGAUUGGUGCUUCUGCCGCAUUAUCUUUAUCUGGUGUUCCAUUUAAUGGUCCAAUUGGUGCUGCUCGCGUUGGUUUUAUUGAUGGUGAAUUUGUUUUAAACCCAAUGACAAGCGAAUUACCUAACAGCCGUUUAGAUCUUGUUGUUGCAGGUACUAACAGUGCGGUAUUAAUGGUUGAAUCAGAAGCUGAUUUAUUAACUGAACAAGAGAUGUUAGCAGCGGUUGUAUUUGGUCAUGAUGCACAACAAGUUGUGGUUGAUAAUAUCAAUGAAUUUGUGGCUAAAGCCGGUGUUGAAAAAUGGGAUUGGACUGCGCCAGCUAAAAAUGAAACUUUAUACAAUGCGGUAGCGGAAUUAGCUAAAGAUCGCAUUGGCGAAGCUUAUCGCAUUACCCAAAAACAAGAGCGUUAUGCGCAAAUUGAUGUAAUUAAAGAUGACGUGUUAGCAGCUUUAAAAGCACAAAACGAAGAAUUAGACGAAACUGAAGUAUUAAAUAUCAUCACAGAUAUCGAAAGCCAAACAGUACGUCAACGCGUAAUCGCUGGUGAACCACGUAUCGAUGGUCGUGAAAAAGAUAUGAUCCGUGCGUUAGAUAUUCGUACUGGCGUAUUACCAAGAACCCAUGGUAGUGCAUUAUUUACCCGUGGUGAAACUCAAGCAUUAGUAGCAGCUACCUUAGGUACUGAACGUGAUGCGCAAAUCAUUGAUGAAAUCACAGGUGAAAAAACCGAUCGUUUCUUAUUCCAUUAUAACUUCCCUCCAUAUUCAGUUGGUGAAACUGGGAUGGUUGGUUCGCCAAAACGUCGUGAAAUUGGUCAUGGUCGUUUAGCUAAACGUGGUGUUGCGGCUGUUAUGCCAAAAGCAAGCGAAUUCCCUUAUACAGUUCGUGUGGUGUCUGAAAUCACAGAAUCAAAUGGUUCAUCUUCGAUGGCAUCAGUAUGUGGCGCGUCAUUAGCAUUAAUGGAUGCGGGUGUGCCAAUUAAAUCAUCUGUAGCUGGGAUCGCAAUGGGAUUAGUGAAAGAAGGUGAUAACUUUGUUGUUCUAUCAGAUAUUUUAGGUGAUGAAGAUCAUCUUGGUGAUAUGGACUUUAAAGUAGCGGGUACUCGUGAUGGUAUUAGCGCACUACAAAUGGAUAUUAAAAUCGAAGGGAUCACCAAAGAAAUUAUGCAAGUAGCGCUUAACCAAGCUAAAGGUGCGCGUUUACAUAUUUUAGGUGUGAUGGAACAAGCGAUUAAUACCCACCGUGAGGAAAUUUCUGAAUUUGCUCCGCGUAUUUAUACCAUGAAGAUUAAUCCGGAAAAAAUCCGUGAUGUGAUUGGUAAAGGUGGUGCAACUAUUCGUGCAUUAACUGAAGAAACAGGUACAACUAUCGAAAUUGAAGAUGAUGGUACAGUUAAAAUUGCUGCAACAGAUGGUGAUAAAGCUAAAGCAGCUAUCAGCCGUAUCAAUGAUUUAACUGCUGAAGUUGAAGUAGGUAAAAUCUAUACUGGUAAAGUAAUGCGUAUUGUUGACUUUGGUGCAUUCGUUUCAGUUGUUGGUGGUAAAGAAGGUUUAGUUCAUAUUUCACAAAUCGCUGAACACCGUGUUGAAAAAGUAACUGAUUGCUUAGCAGUAGGUCAAGAAGUUCAAGUUAAAGUAUUAGAAAUCGAUCGUCAAGGUCGUGUACGUUUAAGCAUGAAAGAUGCAAUUGAAUCUCCAAGCGAAGCGUAA